CUGUGGCAGUUUCGGGUCUGUGAAGCACACGAGGUAUAUAUACAGGGAGGAAAUUGUGAUUCCAUCUCUUUCUCUCAACGAAUUCAACAGCGCUAGAAGAAGCUUGGGAGAGCAUCAGAGAAGAAACCCGUGAAGAGACAACCAUGGCAACCAAAAAGGGACUCCUUCAGCGUCUGGACGAGGGCGUGGUGAUCGGCGAUGGCGGCUUCGUGUUCGCCCUGGAGAAGCGUGGCUACGUGAAGGCGGGUCCCUGGACACCUGAGGCCACCAUCGAACAUCCCGAGGCCGUCCGCCAGCUUCACCGCGAGUUCUUGCGUGCUGGAGCUGACGUCAUGCAAGCGUUUACCUUCUACGCCUCGGAUGACAAACUGGCCAACCGGGGUAACGAGUCGAGCAAAAAAUAUACGUGUCGAGGUAUCAACGACGCAGCUUGCAGACUCGCCCGUGAGGUUGCAGAGGAGGGUGAUGGCUUGGUUGCCGGAGGCCUCUCUCAGACCCCUACCUACCUGUCAGGUCUUGGCAAGGAGAAGACACAGAAGGAAUUCCAGAAUCAAGUUGACGUCUUCGUGGAAAAUAAGGUGGACUUCCUUAUUGCUGAG